AGAGGCGCCCAUAGCCCUAGCUAGCACUCGUCCGCGCGCGGCGUCGUUAGCAUCGUCGUUUUAGUUCCGUCGUCUACUUCGUCGUCUGCUCCGUCGUCUGUUCCGUCGUUUACCUCCGUCCUACCUGGACGACGGAGAGAACCGAACGAACCAACCAACCAACGUAAUUGUACCGAAGGAACGAAUCUAGGAACAACGUUGUCUCUCUCUCUCUCUCUCUCUCUCUCUCUCUUUCUCAUAUACACGCUCUCUAUUUUUUUCUAUCUUUCUAUUUUUCUCCCUUAUUCGUUCUCACGAUUACUAGUGCGAGAUAUAAUCAGUUUUUAUUUCUCAAUCAGUCUAACGCGUCGGAUCUCUGAUAAAUAAUAAUAAUAAUAAUAAUAAUACGUUGGUCGGCGUUUAUUUAUCCACCCUCUCCCUCGUUCUAUAUAUUUUUUUCUUCUUUCUUUUAUUUAUUAUUUUUUUCCUUUUGUUGUGUCCUUACCUUAACUUUUUGUUUUUUAUUUUUCUUCUUCGUUAUCAGUUUGUAUAUCUUUUUCUCGCGCCCUUAUAGUGCCGGGUGCCGCUUCGCUCCGUUACCGAAGCGGCUACGAGUUGUGUUGGUGCUGGACUCCGAUUCUGAAGAAGAGAACGGUGGGGGUGGAGGACUGACGAGUAAAGACAAAAAAAAGGGGGUACCAUUUUCCAUCAAACUUCCAAGGACGACGAAUAAUUGGGACUAGUUUUACUUAUCGAUAACCUAUCUGGGAUUCCCGAAUGAUGUUAAAUUGACGAAAAUUGAGCAACGCAAGGGAUGGCUCCUUUCGGUACCGUAUUCCUCGGUGUCUGGGGAGUGUUCGUCAUCGUUUUGAUCCAAGAAUCCAAACCGGUCAGCUGGGAGGAAUGGUGGACGUACGAUGGUAUUUCUGGUCCAGCAUUUUGGGGCCUGAUAAAUCCGGAUUGGUGGCUAUGUAACAAAGGUAGACGACAAUCACCGGUGAACUUGGAGCCGAGCAGACUUCUCUUCGACCCAAACUUACAGCCACUUCACCUCGACAAGCACAAAGUAGGGGGAGUCCUGGCAAACACCGGUCACAGUGUGGUAUUCGCGGUCGAAAACGAUACCCGCCAUCCUGUCAAUAUAUCCGGUGGGCCCCUCAGCUACCGCUACCAAUUCCACGAGAUUCACCUGCAUUUUGGGUUGGAGAACCACAUAGGUAGCGAGCAUACUAUAGAUGGACACGCGUUUCCCGCUGAGCUCCAAAUAUUCGGAUUUAAUUCCCAGUUGUACAACAAUUUCUCGGACGCGUUGCACAGAGCACAAGGGAUCGUUGCAGUCUCCCUUUUACUUCAGGUAGGAGAUCUGUCAAAUCCACAGUUGAGAACGUUUACCGAGCAACUGGAUAAAAUCAAAUACGGAGGGCAGGCCGUGGAAAUUGCACAUUUCGUCGUACGCGAUCUUCUACCGGACACGAAGCAUUACAUGACGUACGAUGGUUCGACCACGAUGCCGGCCUGCCACGAGACCACGACGUGGAUAAUAUUGAACAAACCUAUAUAUAUUACCAAACAGCAGCUCCAUGCGCUACGGCAGUUGUAUCAGGGUGACAUGAAACAUCCAAAUGCGAAGCUUGGGAACAACAUUAGACCGAUUCAACCGCUCCACCAUCGUCCAAUUCGAACUAACAUCGAUUUUAGCGUGGAGCAUAAAAAUUGUCCAACGAUGAACAGGGAUCUGUACUACAAAGCCAACAGCUGGAAAUAACCCUGAGAGGCUACGAGCUACACGCACUACGAUGAUCGACGAGGUUAUGCGUUUUAAUAUGAAUGAAUGAAAGAAAUAUACUAAAGGGGGAAGGAUUGGAAGAGGAGAAAAGGAAUAAAAACAAAUUGUCUCUAGAGUAUGCGAGAGAAGGAUAGAUAUAUAUUACAAAAAAAAAACAAAUAAGAAGAAAAAAAAAGGAAAAAAAAAUAAUGAGAAACCAGGGAUAUGAUAAAAAGAGUUAUGGGGAAAAAAAAAGAAAAGAAGAGAAGAAAAUAAAAUAAAAAAGAAUAACUACGCUUUCCCUCGGACGAGCUGGAACUUCGCUGUGAGAAAGAAACCAUUGACAUAUCAAUUGCACGCGUGCGACUACGGUACUCCUAGCGAAACAAGAUAAAGAACAUGUGUAUGUGUAUGUGUGUUUUGCGUGAUUCUGUGUAUGAUCGUUUUAAAUGAAUGGAACGAGUAUGUGACAGACAGAAAGAAAGAAAGAAAUAAUAGAAAGAAAAACGAGAAGUUCGGUGUACGCGUUUAUGUGAUGGAUGUACGAGAGUGUGAAAGAAAAAUUGUAUGAAUGUAUGUGUGUGUGUGUGUGUGUGUAUGCGAGAGUGAGAAAAUAUCUGAGAGAAAGAGAGAAAGAGAGAUACGUGUCGCACGCACGUACGCACGCAUUUUUCAGUAAGCACCUUAAAAAGGGCAAAGCACGCGCUGAAACGUACUAAGCGAGUAUUAAAAGGGCCGUUUUCAGGGCGUUUUCAGGGCGUCGAAUAAAGCUGAGGAUGAUGGGCACGGGGGAAAAUAAAGGUUGAAAUUCUGACCACGGUGAAGUUUAAUCGAGCAGCCCCCAAUUUUUUCGUGGUCGAUGAUUAUAUAGAAAACCGUAAUGGUGGUGAGAUGAUUAUUAUAGGAAAAGAUAAAGAAAAUAAUAAAGAGAGAGAGAGAGAGAGAGAGAGAGAGAGAG